UGUUCCAAAUAAGUUAGCAAAUAGUUUUUGCAGUAUGUUUCUACAUCUAUUGGUACUAACCCAAAUUCACAAAUGUUUAUCCGAUUUUCUAUCGCGAAAAUAUAUGAUUUGCCGCUUUGCCUUUCUCGCAAGACCGGCGCACAUGGGCGUACGACGGAUAGACCCGGGCAGUGCCGGGAAGCCAAACGAACGCCUAGCCGGUUGCACGCGGCGAAACGGCGUACUCCGCAAAAGUGAAACGAAUUGGCCCUACUGAACUGGGUGUUCUGCUUUUUGACUCGUUCUAACUCUUAAUAACGGGAUAGAUACCAGAUAUAUUAACAAUUUGAUCAAUUAUUUAUUUUUUUUGUAAUCAAAAUGGGCGGUCGUAUGAGCACAGACGAACAAGUAACUUAUGAGGAAAAUGAUGCAAGUGACUUUGGAGAACAUGGAUUUGUUAAACCAGUGUUUCGGAAUCGACGUUAUAAAAAUCCGUUUGACACAUUUGAGGAGCGAACUUUGUCAGAUGUGUACAAAUUCAGGCAGUCAGAGGACAACAGUAACGUCCCAUGGAAAAAUAAACAAGAACUGGACAGCACAUUACCAGUUGUAACACCUGAUUUUGAGAAGCUUAGCAACCCACCAAAAGAUGCUGUACAAAUGAUGUGGGUAGGACACGCCUCUGUACUUGUACAGUUAGAUGGACUGACAAUACUCACAGAUCCCAUAUGGGGAAAUAGGUGUGGACCACUUGGAAUAUUUGGUCCGAAAAGAUACCGCCAACCUCCGUGUAAAAUAGAGGAUAUCCCUAACGUUGAUGCUGUUGUUAUCAGUCACAACCAUUAUGACCAUCUUGAUCACGAAUCUGUUGUUAGACUGAAUCGUAAAUUUGGUGAUAAGCUGCGUUGGUAUGUUGCUGUAGGACAGGCUGACUGGAUGCGACAGAAUGGAUGUCAGAAUGUUGUUGAGCUUACAUGGUGGCAGGAGCAUACUCUCACUAAAGAUGGCAAAUCGUACAUGUUUGCUGCAACACCAUCACAACAUUGGUGUAUGCGGACAUUGAGAGAUAAAAACAAGGCUUUGUGGUGCAGCUGGGUUGUGAAGGGUCCAGAUCACAGUUUCUAUUUUGCUGGAGACACUGGUUAUUGCUGUGCUUUCAAACAAAUUGGAAAUAAAUAUGGUCCAUUUUCAUUGUCUGCCAUUCCUAUCGGAGCAUAUGAACCAAGAUGGUUUAUGCGACCACAGCACAUCAAUCCAGAGGAGGCAGUUGAAGUUCAUCAGGAAUUGAGGUCAGAGAAGUCUGUGGGAAUACACUGGGGAACAUUCGUACUUACAACUGAGCACUACAUGGAGCCGAAACAGAAACUAGGUGAUAUAUUAAAACAGAAAGGUUUAGAUGCCGGAUGUUUCUUCACAGUGAAACACGGAGAAGUACGAACAGUUCCAGAUGAACAUGUGAAAUCUUGAUACAAGUGUUUAUUUAUAGCAACAUAAUGGACAGCUGUAUUUGUUGCAAAAUGUUGGCCCCUACACGUCUUGAAAAGGGCCUUCAAUUUUGUUUUUGAUUUUUGCAGUUUUGAUAGAAAUAGAUAUUUUCACUGUUGAGACUUUUAAAGAUAUUUAACCUUCAGUGAACAGUAUGCAGUCAGACACCAAGGUGUUUUGCUGAAGAUAAUAUCAAUGAUUCUAAUGCAGUUGCAGGUACAAUCAACUGAAAAUAUUCAACUUUUUAUAUUUGUGUGCGUGUUUUUGGAAGGCGAGUGUCUGUACCCAAAGGCCUCUAUAGGUGUAGGGGGCAUCUGUGAACAUAUCUUGUGCUUAUCAUGAUCUGAUCAUUCAUAGCCAUUACUUCAUCCUUCCAUUUAUUCAAAUGAAGCGGGUAUGAUGCAAAUGACUUUUAUCAAAAUCAGACUCUUGUCAUAGAUUAUGUGACUGUUUUAUUAAUUUAAUAUUAUUAAACACUUAUGCUUUUUA